CUAAGUUUCGGUUUUUUGGAAGUUCGAAGCAACUACGUACAGUUUGAAUUUCUGUAGUCGAAAGAGGCAGUUGUUUCCUGGUUCAGAACGCUACUCACGAAAAUACAAUCAGGGCGAAUUUCGAUGUGAAGAUCGAACUAGACCGAAGGGAUCACUGCAUUCCACUGUUUUCAGUGAUCAGCCAGCUACCGCACCUCUCUUUGACUGGACUCCCCGCAGACAGUGAAAGUGAAGUGGGCGUUAAAGUGAAGACGAUGUCUGCACCGCUCUCCGGCUCAGAACGCAGGAACGCGCACACGCGCGUCAGCAGCCAGGCGAAGCCCGGAUUCCUCGAGCGCCUGAGUGAAACGGCUGGAGGGAUGCUCGUGGGAGUCGCCAUAUUCGCGUUCUCGUUUUACGUGCUUUUCACGAACGAGGGCAGGGCGCUACGCGUGGCUUCCUCUCUAGAUGAGGGCCUCUCCCAAGUGGUACCUUUACAGUCCUCCUCUGCUCCGGAGCUCCAGAACAAUAAUCAACUGGUCCAUCUGUCUGGCCUUCUACGUACUGCCCAGCCUCUGUAUGACCCUAACUACCAAGUGGCUUUGCAGGCAGUCAAGCUGAAGAGGGAGGUGGAGAUGUAUCAGUGGGUGGAGUAUCAGGAGAGCAGAGACUACCAGGAAGAUGGAGAGACCAAGACUGAAACUACAUACUCCUACAACACAGAAUGGAGAUCAGAGCUCAUAAACAGCAGGAACUUUGAUAAAGAGAUUGGCCACAUUAACCCAAGUGCUAUGGCAGUGGAGGCAGUCACUGUUGUUGCUCCAGAUGUCUGGGUAGGCCAGUUCUCUCUCUCCAAAGGAUUGGUGGAGAAGAUCGAUAACUUCCAGAGGUUGAGUUUGGAGGGUCUCCCCACCCCGGCAUCUGACUCUUUCCUGACUGUUGAUGGAGAUUAUUUCUACCAUACGCCACAUCCCCGCCAGCCAGAGGUAGGGGAUGUUAGAGUUUCUUUCUCCUAUGCUGGUCUGAGUGGAGAAGGAUCAUAUCCAGGACCAGCUCAGGUGGUCAGUGUGGUCGCAAGUCAGAGGGGUGACCAGCUGAGGCCCUUCAAAACCAAGUCUGGAGAGGAGUUGGAGAUUCUGUACCUGGAAGAGCUGUCCGCUCAGGAGGUGUUUGAGCGGGAGCAGCAAAUGAACACCAGGAGACUCUGGGCUCUCAGGGCUGCAGGCUGGGCGCUCAUGUUCCUGGGCAUCAGCCUGACCAUCAGGAUCUUCCACACACUGGUGGACUGGGUGCCGUUACUCAGGGAGCUUGUGAAUUUGGGGCUCAAGCUCUUUGCUCUCUGUGUGUCCUGCUCCCUCUCCCUCCUCACCAUUGCUGCUGGUUGGCUCUUCUACCGCCCCCUGGUGGCUGGAGUGCUUGCUGUACUCGCCUUGCUGCCUAUACUCAUUGCUCAUACCCGCACCCCACCCAAGAAGCACCAGUGACCCUUAACCCCAGGAUUUGAAAUGGAUUUUGCAACACGGAGCACAUCAGUCUUGUGAUCAUCCUCACCCCUGUGCUAUCAGCUCCUUCUCAUGGUGUGUCAGCCUCUUUCUGUACUGUUUACCCCUCCCUCUAGCACAUCAAUCCCAGUGAGUUAUAUGCAUAGAGAAAAACAAUAUUACAUGCAGACUUAACGUUGCUGCCAAAUGUUAGCGGAUGUUUAUUGUGCAGAACACCAAAUGGACAGUCUUCAACAUUUUGCCUCAGUCUGUCUGACAUUUUGAUGAAUCUCAUGAAGCAAGAGUUGAAGAUGAUUUAUUGGAACAGAAAGUGUCAUCAGGCCCAGCUUCUGAACACAACAACUUUUAGCAAAAAAGGUCACUGUCCAGCCAUCUGGGUCUGAAUCACAAUGACUGAGUGGAACUUGCUUGGUGUUUGGAUUGCAUUAAAUGAUACAUCCUGUUAUUCAUACUGAAUGAAUUAUACAUGGCUCUCAUUUAUGCUGUUUUUGGUAAAGAUGUGCAAAUGAUUCUCUUUGCUUUUUGGCUCAACACCAGACAUUAAGUGAUCAAGAAGUGUGAUCACAAAAACUUCAUGAUACGUUAGUGAGACACGUUAAUGGCAACAGACCAAACAUUUUUAUAAACAUACUGUCUGUUUACAAAGGUUCAAGUAUUUGUAACAUUCUGAACAUUGUACAAAUAUCUAAAUUAUUGUUUUAAGUAAAGUGGACUGUGAUUGCUUUGGCUUUGUAGAAGGUGUGGUGACAGGCUUGCAUGUUUUAUGAAAUAUCAUUUGAUUGUUGUCUUGUGUGGUAUAGCUGUACGGUGCUAGCUCUUCACAAUUACAGAAAGGGCACUGGAAACAUGCUUUGUUUUCCUUUUUUCGCCUCUAACUGUGGGAUCACUAGUUGUAUGUGGGGCUGUUUCACCAAUGUCUUUUGUAUUUGCUCAGGAACAAGGGCUUAAUGAACAUAGUCUUCCAAUACACAGGCAUGCCUACCACCAUAAUUGUUCACAUUACAAGUCACAGUGCACUAGGAAAUCAAACGCCAAAUGGAGGAUAGGUGUGUCUCUCUGAUGUCAUCUGAGUGACUGGGCACCUGCCGAGCCACAGUGGUACGAUGAAUGAACCCUGGCUAUCAAAACUCACCCUUCCCUGGCAAAGCAAAGCCGAUAAAGUUCCACUACUGGACUCCCAGUCAUUGUCAGCGAAUGCCAUGGCUGAGAAGUAGUACUCCGUCUCUGCUCAGAAAAAGGGCUAUAUCCAACAGAGCCACAAAGGAGCAUUGGGCAAGGGUGGUUUUAUUCUGUUUAUGAAAGUGUGUUGUGUGUGUGUUUAGGUUACAGUGUUCGCAGGACAUUUGGACAUACAGGACAUUUGGCUGAAGAUACAGUCUUCGUACUGCACACCGCUGUGCGUUCCUUUAGGAAAGGCUGUA